AUGUUUCCUUCGGUCAAACAACAUCUGACAUUUCAUGACCUCCAGGUUUUUGGCACCCGACUUCGACCUCUCACACUCACUCUCCCCAAACCAUUGGUGGAAUUUUGCAAUAAGCCCAUGAUAUUACACCAAAUAGAGGGUCUCGUUAAGGCUGGUGUAACAGAUAUCGUGUUGGCCGUAAAUUACCGUCCCGAAAUAAUGGUGGAACUUCUUAAAAACUACGAAGAAAGGUUCAAGAUUAAGAUUACGUUUAGCGUGGAAACCGAACCUUUGGGCACUGCUGGUCCCCUUGCAUUGGCCAGAGAAAUCCUUGCCAAGGACAAAUCCCCAUUCUUUGUGCUAAACAGUGACAUCAUUUGCGAAUUCCCGUUCGAACAAUUGAGGGAUUUUCACGUGGCUCACGGAAACGAGGGUACUAUUGUUGUUACCAAGGUCGAGGAGCCCUCGAAGUACGGUGUGAUUGUUAAUCAUACGGAUUCGUCCUUAAUUGAACGCUUUGUAGAAAAGCCUGUGGAAUUUGUCAGUAAUAAGAUAAAUGCCGGGAUCUACAUUUUUAAUCCUGAUAUACUGGAUCGAAUUGAGCUCAAACCAACCUCUAUAGAAAAAGAAGUCUUCCCACAUAUGGCUUCCGAAUCUCAGUUACAUUCGUUCGAUCUGGAAGGUUUCUGGAUGGAUGUUGGUCAACCCAAGGAUUUCCUAACUGGCACCGUCCUGUACCUCUCAAAUGUAGCUAAGAAGCAACCUCAACUUCUAUCCAAUUCUUCUGUCCAUCCCUAUGUCUUGGGUAACGUUCUUGUCGAUCCCACUGCAAAGAUCGGCAAGGAUUGUAGGAUCGGUCCUAAUGUCACAAUCGGACCAAAUGUUGUCAUUGGUGACGGUGUCAGGUUACAAAGGUGCGUCAUAAUGGAAGGCGCUAGAAUCAAAGACUUUGCCUGGGUCAAGAACAGUAUUAUUGGAUGGCAUUCCACUCUCGGCCGAUGGACUCGUCUCGAAGGUGUCUCUGUGCUGGGCGACGAUGUUGCUAUCAAUGAUGAAAUUUAUGUAAAUGGGGGUAGCAUCUUACCUCACAAAUGCAUUUCCAACAACAUCACUGAACCUAGAAUUAUAAU